AUGUGUAUGCCUGACAAAUUGCUCAAUUACAAAGACGCUCGAGAGGUGUUCGACACAGCACUUGCUGACUACCCAGGAAACAAUGAGCUCCUGUUCGCCCUCGCGAAUCUCCUUGUCGAUAUUGGAGCUAAAAAUCCCAGAAGGUAUGGACAGAAGGAAUUAAAAGAGGCGGCUGAGUUUUAUCUUCGAGUCAUCUCUUCAGAACCCGGAAACCUUGCAGCGCAGGUGGGACUAGCCAAGUGUCAACAACACUCCAACGCCGAGUUUACUUCACGGAUGGCUACAGCCUACGAGGCGCGCGCAGCAGUCAACUUUCAGAUGCGACGCAGCAGUGCUGCCAUGUGUGAUAUUAAUACCGCGCUGGACCUCUUUCCGCAGUGGCCCGAAGCACUGACUAACCGCGGAAUUUUGCAUCACCUGCAAGGAAACUUGAACGCUGCCCGACAAGACUUUUUAAGGGCUUUGGAACUCGACCCGCAGAAUAUUCUCAGUCGCCUAAAUUACGGCAUACUACAACUGCAUACAGGCCGUGUUCAAAAGGCUUUCAACUGCCUGUCCGUGGAACAUGUCCCGCGUGGCCUCUCCUAUCCGGAGCUGUUCCUCACCCGAGCACUUUGUUCCGCCCUGCUGGGUAAAUGCGAGGCAGCUCUGUCCGACAUCAAGGCUGCCGAUGAAAUCAUUCCAACGCUACCGAGUACUGGCGAGUUAAAAGCCUGGAUUCUUGUGCACAAUGUGAAAGCCGUGGUAUUCAGUACGCAAAAGCGCUGGGCAGAAGCGGAAUGCGAGUACUCAACACACUUGAAGGCUACUCCACUCGAUGCGAUCGUGUUUCAGGCGCGUGCGGAUACACGGUUGAAAAUGUGGCAGGACGGCCUUCUUCCUGAUUAUUCAAUGGCUCUGCACGACUAUCACGCAGCGAUCCUCCUUGCUGGUGGCGACCUAUACGAUCUCCAACGAGGAGCUCUCACCCGAUCAAUUGCUACAUAA